GCACACGGUCUGUUGGGCGCGGGGGGCCGCGGCGGCGGCGGUGGUGGCAGCCGCCCUCGGAGCGGAGAAGCCCUGUCCGGGGACUUUGCGGGCCGCUCGGGCUGGCGUGGUCUUGGAUUUCGCUUCAGCUCGGGAGGAGGAGGUCCUGGUCUGGAGCGCCAGACUUUUCCCAGUCCACCCGAGGCCCUCAGAGCCGCGCCCAUAUGGUGGGAGGAGCCCGGCUCAGCACCCCGCCUAGACGCCGGGAAUUUUCUAUUCAGCGGGCUGGUCCCAUCACCUCCUGGCCUUGUGACCUUGGGCAAAUCCCCUCUCGUCGGGCCUCAGUUUGUUCCCGUGUGAAUGGAAAUGACAGUAACUGUCCUACUGGGUUAUCGGGAGGAUUGGAUGAGGGAAAUCUUCCGCGGGGUGUCUGGCGUGUAAAACUCAAUAGCAUCGGCUGCUGCUGUUGUUAAUAGAGACUGCUGGGGCAGUGGAGAGUCGUAUGGAGAGUUUAUAGAGUGACUGAGAGGAUCACACAGCGGAGUGUAAAAUGCUCAGCACAGUGUCAGCUAGGAAGUAAGUGCUCAAUUGUGGUUUUCCUGUACAUAACCUUUCUCUUGGAGUGAGGCCCUAACCCAAAUGAAGCAAAGCCAUUUUUUCUGGGAUUUUACAGGAGUCUGCGACCUCCUUUUCCAGAGUUCCAGAAUGGAGGCUGAAGGGUACCUAGAGAGACACACAGAUCGAGAAGUCCAGAAUGAUGAAAUAAGGUCACCGUCAAAUGAGAUGAUAGCUGAGGAGCCAGAAGGUGUCCUCAUAUCGGCUCCCGAGGGCCAGGCUCCAGGAGAGCCUUCUGGGCUUCCACCAGAGAGCCUCAGUGAAGACUCUGUUGAAGACCUUGAGACCAUGCCACGAAGGAAUCCUCCCAGCGCGGCAGCCUCCAGGCAGAGGUUCCGAAAAUUCCGCUAUGAGGAUGCGGCGGGGCCGAGAGAUGUCCUCAGACAGCUCCAGGAGCUUGCUGGACAGUGGCUGAGACCCGACAUUCACACAAAGGAGCAGAUUGUGGAGAUGCUGGUGCAGGAGCAGUUCCAGGCUGUCCUGCCCGAGGAGCUCCGAGCUCGGGCCCAGAGAUGUCAGCCUGGGGUCAGAAUCACUGGCUAAGUCCUGCCACGGGUUCUUGCCCAGCCUACAUGUGAGAAGUAACCAAACGUUCUCUCUGUUGCAAGAGCCAAUGACAGUCAUGGGGGAAAAGUGAACCUCAGUUUGUUUGUUUGUUUUUAUAGCUUGCCUUUGACUAGUUAUAAUAAGAAUCCAUCAAAACCCAUGUUUGGACCUCUCUCUGGCUGAGGCAGCUCUAAUUCCCAGGAUUGAGCUCCAGAAAGAGCUUCUGUUAGGACAAUCAGCCUGUUGCUUGUUUUUGCUCUGCUGAAUGCCUCCUUUUUUGCACUUUCUGACCUGCUUUAAUAUAUUGUUACGUAUCCAAAGAGGUAAUUGCUUCAACUUCCAGAAUUCUUGAUUCUUGGCUGUGGUGGCAUGAAUGGAAGCUUCUGUAACCCCACCAGUAACUCAUUUUUGAUGUCCUUGAAAUAUUAAAGUUUGGUCCUUCA